ACGAGAUACAUUCUAAGUUGUUUGGUUGACGUUUCUAAUACUAUAUUUGAUCCAAUAUCUGACCUAAAUUUAAAUAUCUAACAGCGGGAGACUAGCAAUUCAUUAUAUCAUUUUACCCUAUAUAUACAACACCACAACUAACGAGAAAUGAAUUGUUUUACAUACAAUAGUAAAAGUGCUUUCAUUCAAAAAUGAAGUCAUACAAUACAGUGAUAUUUUUCUUUGCAAUUUAUCUAUUUCUUUCGUACAAUAAUCAUUUCACUAUUGCAAAAAAAAAUGAUCAUCAUCCCAAGAUAAUUGGUGGUAAUAUUGCUGAUGAAACUCAGUUUCCUUAUCAAGUCUCCUUGAGAAUUAAAAAUAGACAUUUCUGUGGUGGAUCUAUUUUAAAUCAUCGAUGGAUUUUAACUGCUGCUCAUUGUCUCAGAGGUUUUAAUGACACAGCAAUAAACGUUGUUACCGGAACAACAAAACUAGAUGAAGGCGGUGAUUUCUACCAGUCGUCUCGAGUAAUAGGACAUGAGAAGUACAAUUCUCUAUUCAUCUGGCAUGAUAUAGGUCUUAUUUAUGUGGACGAGGAUAUUCAAUUUUCAGAAACAGUAAAGCCAGUGGAUCUUCCAUCGGAAAACUUUAAAAAAAGUAAUUAUCCAGCUGUAUUAUCAGGCUGGGGAACAACCAGUUAUCCAGGAAAAGCGCCAAAUGAUCUUCAAUUCAUUAUACUAACAGUAAUUAAUCAAAAGCAGUGCCGUAAUGUUAGUAUCCGGGUGACAGACAAGAAUAUUUGUACGUUGAAUAAAAAAGGCGAAGGUGCUUGUCAUGGAGAUUCUGGUGGACCUCUUGUUGCUGAUGGAGUUCAAAUAGGCGUUGUGUCUUGGGGAACACCUUGUGCUAAAGGAAAACCUGAUGUUUUUACCAGAGUUUAUAGUUAUAUUGAUUGGAUUAAUGAACACAUUAGGACUCGACUGGGGGAGAGGAUGGUCAGCAUGAGUUCAAUGCUCGUGGAGACUGUUAGUAUCAACUACGAGGACUUUAACGAGAGCUUCUUGACCUGCGGGACUUGUCUUUGUGUUUAUGAUGGCAGUGAACAUACACCUAAACUUUUACCAUGUUCUCAUACAGUAUGUUUACACUGUUUGACAAGAAUUGCCGCUUCACAAACUCGUGAAGCUGGAGCAUUUCGAUGUCCUAUAUGCCGGGAACUCAUUACUAUACCUCGUGGUGGAGUUCCGGCUUUGCCUCCAAGCUUUUUAGUUAAUCAAUUACUCGAUUUAAUGUCUCGACAACGAAGAGAAGUCAUUCCAAAGUGUUCAGUUCACACAAAUCAAGAAUUACUAUUUUGUGAAACAUGUGAUACAGUUUUCUGUACAGUUUGUACUGGAGGUAAUCAUGCCGAGACUUCGCCGGGAUGCACUGAACACACAAUAAUACCUUUUAGUAUCGCAAUCAAACGAAUGUCUGAAAUUUUACUGUAUAAAGCUAAUGAAUGCAUUUCUAAGUUAACACAAGCUCAAGAAUCUGUAAAUACAGAACUAAGACGUUUAGAAACUGCUAUGGAAAGAUGUUUGACUAUAGUUGAUACAGAAUUUACUGAAAUAAUUGCGAAAGUCGAGCGUAGACGAGUAGAACUUCAAGCAGCCAUUGCGGCGGCUGCUAGAGACAAAAAACGUGUUCUUGAAGAGCAGCAUGCUCUUAUUGAAGCUGAAAAAAAUAAAGUUGAACGAGAGUGUGAAGGAUUACAAUAUCAAGUCGAAGUUAGAAAUAUUACUCAGAGAAUAGGAAGUCUUACUGAUCAAUUAGAUGCUGCUGUUGCUUUGAGUGAACCACGUGAGAAUGCUUUCAUUACAGCUGAAUUUGGACAUAAUAGUGCUAUAAAAGAAUUAGAAAAAGCACUGGAAACUCUUGGAAGAGUACGUUCUAGCACAACGUUACCAGGACUGUGCAGAGCUCAAUUAAAAGAUACUGCCAUUGCAAAGUUAUUAACGACUGUGAUACUCGAAACUGUGGAUUAUCAUGGGCACCCUAGAAAUGCCGGUGGUGAUCCAAUUGGUGUUGAACUUACACUCACAGAUACUCAAUCAGAAGAUCAAAUAAUUGAAACAGAAAUUAAAGAUUUAGAGAACGGAACCUACGAAGUUCGUUUUCGACCACCUUCUGCAAGUGGUUAUGCUCUCAAAUUGACCGUUUUUGAGCGUCCGAUAAAAGAUUAUCCUAUAUUUUUUACUGCUUCAGAGCAUAAUGAACCAAUUAAGAGUUAUGGGAAAAGAGGGCAUGGAAAAGAUGAAUUUCUACAGCCAGUUGCUGUUGCUGUGGAUGACGAUAACAUGAUUUAUGUCGUUGAUUCAGGAAAUUCACGAAUAAAGGUGCUUGAUAGUGAUAUGGAGUUUCAAAGACAUAUAAUUAAUGAAGGAUUGGAAGGUCGUAGUUGUACUGGAAUAGCCAUAUCAGAUCAAGGGCUAGUUGUAGUGAAUUGGAGAACGCGUACUAUUACAGAAAUGAGUACAUUUGGUGAUACAAUUCGUUCAUUCACCCACAAUACAUUUCAGGAACCAAUUGAUGUAGCUGUAGAUCGUAGUUAUGGACAUAUUCUUGUUGCUGACAAUGGACAAAGCUGUGUUUUCGUAUUUGAUUCUGAUGGAAAAGUUCUUUUCCAAGUUGGAAAAAAAGGCAUGUUUAAGUUAAUUAGCUCCGUGACCGUAGGUCCUGCAGGUGAAAUUCUAGUUGCUGAUUCUAAAAUUCAAGUUUUUUCUGCAAAGGGUGAUUUUUCUGAAGAAAUUUAUCCUGAAGAAAAUGGUAAAGGAAAAUAUGGAGGUAUAGCCGUAGAUGCAGACGGCAAAAUAAUUGCAUCUAGAAGUGAUAAAGGCCGUAGUAGUAUAAUUCAAGUUUUAAAACUUGGUGAAAGAAGUAUUUUAACAGAGAUUGAUUCUCAUAGCUCAAAACUUCGACGCCCUAUGGGGAUUGCAGUGUUACCAAACAAUCAUUUAGUAGUUGUUGAUUUAGGUAACGAUUGUAUAAAAAAAUAUCGAUAUUGGUAAACUCUAAAAAUACUAAAACUUAUUUUUAUUCCUUUUCGAAUAUAAAAAAUAUAUUCGAGUUGUAAAUUGUUUCAAGCCGUCCUUAACUGGAUUUUGAACAGUGCAAUAGUACUGGAUUUAUUAUAAAUAAUUGUGAUUAUUUUUUUUUAUAUUUAAUAAUUAUUUAACAAAAAAAAAUAACAAAUUAAUUACUGCCGCAUAUAAUUUUAAAAAUAAAUUAAAAGCACAAUCAAAAAAAAAUGCAUUUCACGUUUAUAAGUUAAUAUUACAAAAAGUAAAUUUGUCAAUUAAACAACUUUAAAAAAAGUCUGUAAUUAUACUUUUUUCAGUAUUAUAUAAACUAUUAAUUAAAAAAUUUUGCACAUAAAACGAUAUGUCAUAAUAGUUGAUGCCGUGAAGUAAAAGACAAAAAAAAAUUCUGCAUGAUUUCGAUGAUUUAUCGUUUUGUAAAUUAUGUAUAGAAAUAACUAGUCGUUUUUCAUGGUUUAAACUACAAAGCCAUUUUUUUACUCGGCAGAGUAUUACUUAAAUAUUUUUAAUUCAUCUAUUUUUUACACGGCUUGUCUGUUUUUAUUAUUAGUUUAUUAUCUUCAAUUAAUAUUAUAUAUGUAUUUUAUGCGUGUUUAUUGAUCCAAAUUAUCAGUUGUGUCUGUAACUUAUUAUUAACUUUUUGAAUAUUUUUAAAUAACUAUUUUUAAUCAUUAUUCUU